GCUCAAGUACAUAUAAAGGAAGACAGAAGUAAAUUGUCAAAAUGUGAAAAAGAUGCUCUAGAUUUUGUAAUUAAUAAUUAUGCAAAAUCAUAUAAUUAUGAUUUAGUAAAAAUGCAAGAAAUCAAG